AUGGUCCAUUAUAAUUAUAUUGAAAUGAUCCUAAAAUUAAAUAUUUGUCGCGGAACUUGCCCUAACGCGAAAUUCCUUAGGAGCAGAAUUAAUAGUUCCAGUCAACGAGGCGGUUAUUGGAAUGUGCUCGAGUGUGACACUGCUCACCAAAGCUGUGCGUGCCAGUUCUAUCUCUACAUUUCCAUGGGAUCCACGAAACGCCCAACAUUCUCCCGCGGCAUGAGGCUGAUAAAAAGACUCGGUGUCUGGUAUUGA